CGCUGCCUCUGGCUUUUAAUUCCUUCUGCUGACAGGCAUCGGUCACGGGUUCUUCCUCUUUCGUCUAUUGCACGCAUCCCGCCCUCCUCGCUAGCUUUCCCCCCACUCCUCGGAUCCAGCCCUCUGGGCAUCCAAGCCCGUUUUCUGACCCCCCCGCCGUGAGCUCACUCCUGGUCCCCGCGCGGGUCUGGCACGGAGGCGGUAACUAUGGAGAACAUGGCGGAGGAGGAGGAGGAGGUGGCUCCGGCCCAGGUCCCGACCUCGGCCCCGGACUCGGCUCGGGUCCCAGCUCCGGCCCCGAACUCGGCUCCGACUCCGGCCUCGACUCCAGCUCCAGCCCCAACCCCUGCCCUGGCUCAGUCCCCGUCCCCAGCCUCUGCCCCUGACGAGGCUGAAAAGAGACACAUCUCAAUUCAGAGGCAGCUUGCUGAUCUAGAGAAGUUAGCUUUUAUAACUGAAGGGGAUUUUGACUCUGCUAGUUCAUUGAACUCAGAUCAUCUUGAUGCAGGAAAUAAACAGGCUUGUCCAUUAUGUCCUAAGGAAAAAUUUAGAGCUUGUAAUAGCCAUAAGCUUCGUCGGCACCUUCAAAAUUUACAUUGGAAAGUGUCAGUUGAAUUUGAAGGUUACAGAAUGUGCAUCUGCCACUUACCUUGUCGACCAGUGAAACCAAAUAUUAUUGGAGAACAGAUAUCCAGUAAAAUGGGCGCCCAUUAUCAUUGUAUCAUUUGUUCAGCAACAAUCACCAGAAGGACUGAUAUGCUAGGACAUGUUAGGCGCCAUGUGAAUAAAGGAGAGACUAAAUCCAGGUAUAUUGCUGCUUCUGCUGCUAAACCACCUACUGAAAUUUUGAAAGAGGUAGACACAGAUGUACAAGUUUGUCCUAACUACUCUGUACCUCAGAAAACAGAUUCCUAUUUUAAUCCCAAAAUGAAACUAAAUCGGCAGCUAAUAUUCUGUACUUUGGCUGCUCUGGCUGAGGAACGAAAACCUUUGGAAUGUCUGGAUGCCUUUGGAGCCACUGGGAUAAUGGGAUUACAAUGGGCAAAACAUCUUGGAAAUGCAGUUAAGGUUACAAUUAAUGACUUGAAUGAAAACUCUGUGACCUUGAUUCAGGAAAACUGCCAUUUAAACAAAUUGAAAGUGGUGGUGGACAGUAAGGAAAAAGAAGAGGAUGAUGAUAUUCUUGAAGAAGGAGAGGAAAAGCUUGGUAAUAUUAAGGUGACCAAAAUGGAUGCCAAUGUACUGAUGCAUUUGAGAUCUUUUGAUUUCAUACACCUAGACCCUUUUGGAACAUCUGUGAACUAUCUAGAUUCUGCAUUCAGAAAUAUAAGAAACCUUGGCAUAGUAUCAGUGACUUCUACAGAUAUCAGUUCUUUAUAUGCCAAGGCACAACAUGUUGCCCGCCGACACUACGGCUGUAACAUUGUCCGAACUGAAUAUUACAAGGAACUAGCAGCCAGAAUUGUGGUAGCGGCCGUGGCAAGAGCUGCAGCUCGAUGUAACAAAGGCAUAGAAGUACUGUUUGCAGUGGCUCUGGAACAUUUUGUCUUGGUCGUUGUGAGAGUUUUGAGGGGGCCUACUUCUGCAGAUGAAACAGCCAAGAAGAUACAGUAUCUGAUACAUUGUCAGUGGUGUGAAGAGAGAAUUUUUCAGAAGGAUGGUAAUAUGGUAGAAGAAAACCCUUAUAGACAGCUGCCCUGUAACUGUCAUGGAAGCAUGCCUGGAAAAACAGCAAUAGAACUUGGACCGCUAUGGUCAAGCUCCCUCUUCAAUACCGGAUUUCUCAAAAGAAUGCUAUUUGAAUCUCUUCACCAUGGUUUAGAUGACAUUCAGCCCCUAAUAAAGACAUUAAUCUUUGAGUCAGAGUGUACUCCUCAAAGUCAGUUUUCAGUUCAUUCACCUUCAAAUCUCACCAAGCAAGAAGAAUGUGGUAUAUCUAUUAAAACUACAGAUGAUACCACAACAGAUAAUUACAUUGCACAAGGAAAAAGAAAAUGCACUGAAACAAUCACAAAUUUAGCCAAGAAACAAAAGACUGAUGCCAGUACUGAACAUCCUCCCUUUUAUUACAACAUCCACAGACACAGCAUUAAAGGGAUGAAUAUGCCAAAAUUAAAAAAGUUUCUGUGCUAUCUUUCUCAAGCAGGCUUUAGAGUGAGCCGAACUCAUUUUGACCCAAUGGGUGUUCGUACAGAUGCACCUCUGAUGCAGUUUAAAUCCAUCCUUUUAAAGUACAGCACCCCCACCUACACUGGAGGACAGGCAGAGGGCCAUGUCCAGUCUACGUCAGAAGACACAGUAGCUGACAGGGUUGAAAUGUCAGUGAAUGACAAAGCAGAAGCAAGCAGUUGCAGAUGGUAAAAGUAGAGAAGUAUGUAUUCCCAUACAGCUGUAUAGAUUGUCUGCCUAAUACUUCUCCAUACCAACUGUAGUUCUUUUUUUAUUCUUUCAAUUCAGUGAUGUAAAAAUAAAAAAGUCCUGUUUUCAUUUUAAAAAGUAGCAGUUUCUAACUUAACUGGUUUGGGAGUUAGGCUUUCCAAGUUUUUCUUAAAGAAAACUUAAAAUUGUAAUGAAGAUAUUUCAUAUGAAGCCAAGUUUAUGACUGAGAUCACCUACUAUUUAAUAACUCAGAAAAUUCUCACAUGCAAAGUGUUGGAAUUUUGUGUGUGUCACGUAAGUCACAUCUCUGCAUAAGUUGAUGCUGAAUAGAAUAGGAAGAACAGUGUCCUUUCAGGUCAUUAAUAUAUUUCACAAUUAUGAAGUUAAAAUACAUUCCUGCUUUUAAGAAAUCACACCUCUCCCACAUUAAUCUUUUAAUUUUUAAUUUUUGAGAAAUUAAAUACUUGAGAGAAAUCCAUUUUUUUCUAAGUUUAAGGUCUAGAUGACUACACUUGAGAAUAGUUUGUCAAAAUCAAUUGAGACGACUGUUCCAAUUAUAAUAAUUGUUCAUAAGCACUGAAAUUCUCAAGAAGAGAUUUUGUUAUAAACAAAUUGGGUGAUCUCAAGUUCCUCAGUUAAUGCAUGUACAAUAUUCAUUCGCUUGGUUGUGCUACCUCAGAUGUAAAACUUACGAAGUUAUAAAGUGAGACUUUUUUGUUUUGGGGGUGGAUUUUUGUUGUUGUUUGAAUUUGUGGGGUUUUUUUUUGUUUGGUUGGUUGUGUGUUUUUUUGGUGUGUAUAUGCUCUUUUUUUGUAUAAAGUAGACCAGGCUAACAUAAUUAAGAAAAUUAGUUGAAACAAAAAUCUUUUUUCCGUUAAUAUUGUUCUUACUUCAUUUGAAUAUGAGUUUCGAUGAAAGGAUUUAGUAUAAAGUUUGGAUUUUUGUCUCAAGGAUCUAAUCCAUAUUUACCCUGAAGUAUCUGUUAAAGGAAGUAACUUUUUAUAAGCAUGAAGCUUGGGGGAUGAAAGGGGAGAAAUAACUGAAGGAUUUUAAUACACUGCAUAAGAAAAAAGCACUCCAGUGACAUACACAAAAAUCCAGGGAAAAUCUUUGUGUUAUUACAGCAUAGUCCUGGAGGAUUUUUCCCCUUCAAUUAAUGGAAUCAUACAUUUUGGUAAAAUAAAGGAAUAUGUGAAGUGCAUUUGUUUCUAUUAUGACCAUAAUAAAACUAUAAUUCUUGCCAAUUACAAUUAAACUCACAAAUGAGCACAAAAAAAAAAUGGUAUUACUUUUUUGUUUAUAUAAAGAUAAAAAUUACUAAAAAUAAAAAAUAAAAAUUACUA